AUGCCGACAUCCAAUCAGGGCUGGCCAGAGGAGUUUGGCUUCCAGCUGGGAGGAAGUGGUCCUAGCUACAUCCUGUCUGUGGAAGAGGGGAGCAGUGCCUUCCUGGCGGGGCUGCAACCAGGUGACCAGGUCAGAGAGAUUCUAGGUCCUAAGACCGAAAGGCCCAAUCAGCAAUUAUUUUAAUCCUUUAUUUAGCCAUUAUUUAACAAGGCAAGUCAAUUGACAACUAUGCUGUUAAUAGUAUUAUGUUAAUACUAUGAUCAUAUUAUGAUGAUAAUGUAAUAGUAUGAUCAGGGAUUUAUAAUGGAAAAGCUGUUUCUGGGUCUCUUCAUUAUACUGUUUCUCUGUGCUGGAGAUCAGGUGCUGGAGAUCGAGGGCCAGAAUGUGUCCACUCUGGGAUUCCAGGCUGUCAUCUCCAUCGCUCAGACCCAUAGGAACAUCCCUCCCAGCAUCGGAGUGGUGUCUCGCAUCCAGCAGGUCUGAACUCACUCUGACUGGGACUCACCUGGCACCAUCAUACUGUAGCACAAUGUUUGAUAGUUCUGAUUGAUUUUAUGAAAAACAUUUUAUAUUUCAGUUUGUACCUACUGAAAACCUGACUCACUGUAUUUGUGAUACCUCAUGUAACCCCAGAAACUGUAGUGGCAAUGCUGGAUUUGCCGCCCUAAUUUCAUCGGCAAGGCCAUACUUUUUCAAGUCAUUAGUAAAAACAAUUUCUCUCUAUCUUGAUAUAAUACAGUGAAAGUGAAAUAAGAAUUCUAUCUCUGCCUCUCAGAUGGACAUCACCCCGGGUCCUGACGGUCGUUUCGGCUUCACCAUCGUGGGAGACUGCCCCCUCCUGGUGGAGGACUGUUCCCCCUGCUCUCCGGCGGGACGGGGUGGCCUGCGGGCCGGCGACUACGUCAUGGAAGUCAACGGGAUCCCGGUGAGGCAGCACGAGAUGGCGGCGGCACUGAUCAAGACGUCCCAGGGGAGGCUGAGGCUGGGGGUGCUGUGUCUGGGGCCCAGACGGAGAGUACACAGCAGUGAGAGUAUGGAUGGGAUACAGCCUGGGGAAGAUGGGGUGAGGACGAACCGCAAACACAAGGCCCUGGAGUUCAACAGGAAGGUGAGGCUUUCUAUUAAACUAACUUUUGUAUGAGUUGGAGCUAUACAGGGGAACAUUGAUGUCCAGAGAAAACAACAGUUUGAAAGAGAAGCUAUACUGUUCAAAAAGAAUUAUGCAAGUCUUUCUUUAGGGAGGCUGUGUACUAUACCCCCUUCAACAACAUGUUAUUGAUAUCUUUCAGAUUGACCAGAUUUUGGGGGAGGAACCUGAGGUGAAGGAGAGGCUGUUUGCGGUACUGAAGCAGUACGCUGCGGAGAAGAAGGUUGAUUGGCUGGCCUCCGUCCUCCCAGACAUCCUCACCACUGACGAGCAGCAGACACUCAUCGGCAACAUCAGGUACCGGAGUCUCUGCUCCCUGGGUAUCAUCCAGACUGUUGUAUUCAGUAUAGAGGAGGCAGCCUACCAG